AUGAGUCGGAAAGGGCCAUUAGCCAAGGCUUCGGCCGAAACCGAUGUUCCACUUCGUAUUGCCAUUGUUGAAAAAGAUCGAUGCAAGCCAAAAAAUUGCGGUUUGGCUUGUAAAAGAGCGUGUCCGGUUGUUCGACAAGGAAAAAUGUGUAUUGUUGUUGAAGCAACAUCAACAAUCUCGCAAAUUUCCGAAGUUUUGUGUAUUGGUUGUGGUAUUUGUGUGAAGAAGUGUCCAUACGACGCGAUCAAAAUCAUCAAUUUGCCAGCCAAUUUGGCUAACGAAACAACUCAUCGUUAUUCGCAAAACUCGUUCAAAUUGCAUCGUUUGCCAACCCCAAGAUGUGGAGAAGUUCUUGGUUUAGUCGGAACGAAUGGAAUCGGAAAAUCGACUGCGCUCAAAAUUCUUGCCGGAAAGCAAAAACCAAAUUUGGGAAACUUUGAGAAAGAACAAGAGUGGACCACGAUUAUCAAUUAUUUCCGUGGUUCUGAAUUACAAAAUUAUUUCACUCGAAUUCUUGAGGAUACUCUCAAAUGUGUUAUCAAACCACAAUACGUUGAUCAAAUUCCAAGAGCUGCAAAAGGAACUGUUGAAAUGAAUUUGAAAAAACGACAUGAUAAUGAUAAUUUGGAUUCUGUAAUUGAUCAAAUGGAAUUGAGAGGAUUGUUAACAAGAACAAUUGAUCAAUUAUCUGGUGGAGAAUUGCAAAGAUUCGCAAUUGCAAUGUGUUGUGUUCAAAAAUCGGAUGUUUAUAUGUUCGAUGAACCAUCUUCUUAUUUAGAUGUCAAACAAAGAUUGAAGGCUGCUGCAAUUAUUCGAGAAAGAAUCAGUGAUUCGAAUUAUGUUGUUGUUGUUGAACACGAUUUGGCUGUUCUUGAUUAUCUUUCUGAUUUUAUUUGUUGUCUUUAUGGAGUUCCAGGAGUUUAUGGUGUUGUUACACUUCCAUCUGGUGUUAGAGAAGGUAUUAAUAUGUUCCUUGAUGGAUUUAUUCGAACUGAAAAUAUGAGAUUCCGGUAAGCUAUUGAAACUCAAAGAAGCCUCAUUCAUAACUUGAUUUUUUAGUGAAUCAAAACUCUCAUUCAAAACUUCUGAACAACAAGAAGAUAUCAAGAGAACUGGAAAUAUCACCUAUCCAGCAAUGUCGAAAAACUUGGGAAAUUUCAAAUUGCACGUAGAAGCUGGAGAUUUUUCAGAUUCUGAAAUUAUUGUUAUGUUGGGAGAAAAUGGAACUGGAAAAACAACAAUGAUUCGAAUGAUGGCUGGAAGUUUGAAACCGGAAGAUGAAGAUACCGAAUUGCCACAUGUUAGCAUCUCAUACAAACCACAAAAAAUCUCGCCAAAAUCUGAAACUUCAGUCAGAUAUAUGCUUCAUGAAAAGAUUCCAAAUAUGUAUCAACAUCCACAAUUCAAAACUGAUGUAAUGAAUCCACUUAUGAUGGAACAAUUAUUGGAUAGAAAUGUGACUGAAUUAUCUGGAGGAGAAUUGCAAAGAGUUGCUUUGGCACUUUGUUUGGGAAAAACUGCUAGUUUAUAUUUGAUUGAUGAACCAUCGGCUUAUUUGGAUUCUGAACAACGUUUGCAUGCUGCUAAAGUUAUCAAGAGGUAGUUUAGCUUUCAGAAUCUUUGUUAAUUUUAAAAGUCAUUCUCAGAUUCAUCAUGCACGCCAAGAAAACCGCAUUCGUCGUCGAACACGAUUUCAUUAUGGCAACUUAUUUGGCUGAUAGAGUUAUUGUUUUUGAAGGACAACCUUCUGUUGAAACAACCGCUUGCAAGUGAGUUUUGGACACAUUUUGGGUUUCGGUAUAUUUUUUGUCAAAAAAUUUCUAAUUUUGAAUGAUUUUAUAUUAUCCACGUAGUAUUUUGAAACCCCAAAAUCCUGAAAAAAGUUAUGUAUCAAUAAAAACUUUUUUGAAGUUCACCAAGGGACCCAUAACAAUUCUCAUUUCUAAUAUGAAACUCACACAAAGAAAACACUUCUGGGCUUCGGAGACGCGCUUUGAGCUUAAAUGGUCUAUGAAAUUGAAAUAACUCUUCUCAAUUCUUGAUUCAGAACAAAUUUAUAAGAAAAAAAAUUUGAUAGGGUUUUUCUAGGAUACAUUUUUGGACUGAUAGCUUUUCUAAAAUUUUGUGAAUUUUUGAAUGUUUCCCGCCAGAGAUUCGAGAAGUUUAAAUUUAAAAACUUUUUUCUCAGACCUCAACCACUUCUCGAAGGAAUGAACCGAUUCUUAAAAAUGUUGGACAUCACAUUCCGUCGUGAUUCGGAAACUUAUCGACCGCGUAUCAACAAAAAAGAUUCGGUAAAAGAUGUCGAUCAAAAACGAUCCGGUCAAUUCUUUUUCCUCGAUGAAAAUUAG